UAUUAAACUUGUCCGACUUGUCCAUUGAGCGAGUGAAAACAAGCAUUGAUCCGUUCCCGAGUUACUGCUGCACAAUUUUGCAGAUUAAUAUACUUUUAAGCCGAUGUCUUAUCUGCACAGAUCGAGGUAUAAUUGAGGGAAGAAAAGUCACGGAUCCUGUAACAUAACAAAAAGUACAACGAUGGGCGAGUCUCUCACUUUAGCAAGAGAUGUCAAGAGAUCAAUAGAAUUAUUAGAUAAAUUGCAAAAAGGUGGUGAAGUUCCUACAACAAAAUUGGCAGCAUUACAAAAAGUAUUACAAAGUGACUUUCUUAGUGCAGUGCGAGAAGUAUACGAGCAUGUCUAUGAGACUGUUGAUAUUCAGGGACCACAGGACUUGCGUGCUUCCGCAACGGCCAAGGCCACUGUUGCAGCUUUUGCAGCCAGCGAAGGUCAUGCGCAUCCACGUGUAGUCGAAUUGCCAAAAACAGAGGAAGGACUUGGUUUCAAUGUGAUGGGAGGCAAGGAACAGAAUUCGCCAAUUUAUAUAUCUCGUAUUAUUCCUGGUGGUGUUGCUGACAGGCACGGUGGUUUAAAGCGUGGAGAUCAACUCUUAUCUGUCAAUGGAGUGUGCGUCGAAGGUGAAAAUCAUGAAAAGGCAGUAGAAUUAUUAAAACAGGCUCAGAAUUCUGUAAAAUUGGUAGUUCGUUACACUCCACGUGUACUUGAGGAAAUGGAAUUACGUUUUGACAAACAGAGAGCUGCUCGCAGACGUCAACAUAUGCAAUAAAUAUAAGUUGCAAAAUGCAUUGAAUUAUGUUCAUUAAGGAAAUGUGAAUUAUCGACUAAUCUAUCUAUUAAUUUCAAUUGUGCUCAUAGGUGUAGUUUAGUUGACAUAUAACAUUCUGACAAUUGUAUUUAUAUCCCCAUACAUUCAUCAAUAAAUUAAUCUGUUAUCUA